CUGAGUCAGUUUUGGUAUGCUCCUGAAACGGCUAGGCAGCUUUGUCGCGAACUUAUUGAUGCCGUUGGAGGAAAUGGUCAAAUAGCAUGUAUAUCAUGCCCUACUUUGAUGCAAUAUUUCGCCGAUAUCGAUGGUUAUGGAAAGGACAAAAUCACAGUCAGAUUGCUUGAAUAUGACCAUCGUUUCGAGAAGAAAUUUCCUCUGGAAUAUGUACCGUAUGACUACAGACAUCCCUUGGCUAUCCCCGAGGAAUUGAAAGGUGUCUUCGACGUUAUUAUUGCCGAUCCUCCUUUUCUCGCUGAUGAAUGCUUGGUAAAAACAGCGCAAACCGUGCGCUUGCUAGCGAGACCGAAUGCCAAAAUCAUUCUGUGCACGGGAGCGAUCAUGGAAAAGAUGGCGGACCGUUUGCUUGGGCUUCAUCGAUUGAAAUUUGAACCUCAACAUGCUAAUAAUCUUUCCAAUGAAUUUUCUUGUUUUGCUAAUUACGAUACGAAAUAUUUAUGA